GGCGCGGCGGCCAAGCCCACCCUCCUGUCCGCUUGGAUCAACGGUGGAAGGCGCGCGAAGAAGCCCAUUGUCGUCACCGAGAUCGCGGUUUUCGAGCGGGAGAUGUGGGCGUGGUGGCCGGGGCUUCAGCCGGAGUGGUGCAAGCUCGACAGGCAGGGUUAUCCGGACCGCAGCGGUGGAGUGGGGGGCGAGUGGGGUGUUCUUGCCGUUCACGGGCAGAACGGGCUCGCGUCUGCUGUGGCGUGCUUGUGUUGGUGGGGCCUGGCACUGGGAAAGCGCUCGCCGACGUCGUGGGCUCGCUGCGUGAAGGAUGUACUGUGGGUAUGCGAAAACGUCGAGGACUGA